AUGUCUAAACGCUUCAAGAUGAAAUUCACAAUCCCUUCUCUUCAAAUGUGUCGCUCCAAUGACCUUUCCUCCUUCCCCGGAAAUCCAGUCCCCGCCAUAUACCGCCUUUCUCCGGUAAACUCCAAAGCACAUGACAUAGGAUAUCCGAACAUCUCGCCGUCAUCUUCACCGGAACACCAAUGCAAGGUGUCCUCAAAGAUCAAUAAAGCGAAAUCCAAAGGCCGAAAAAGCACCUCUAGUGUCCCCUCUAAAAAGAGUGAGUUUCUCAUUGAUAAAAUCAAUGAAGAAGAAAGUGAAACUUUGAUUUCUUGCUUGUCAAGACUCUCCAACGACAACGACUACACCGCGAUCCAUGAUAACACGGGGAGUAAAGAAAUAAUUAGCCGGGAUAGAAGGAGGAUAAAUAGUGUAAAGAAAGUUGAAAGAGUGAGGUUUCAAAGUACUAUAGAGAAUCAAAGAGGAGUAGAAACUAAGGUUACGAGGAGUAGAAUGGAAGAGAAGGUGAAAGAGAGUUUUGCUGUGGUGAAAAAGUCAAAGGAUCCUUAUGAAGACUUCAAGAAAUCAAUGAUGGAGAUGAUAGAAGAGAUGGAGAUGUCAGAAGCUAAGGAUUUGGAGCAAUUAUUGCAGUGUUUUUUGGCUUUGAAUUCUAGGGAUUAUCAUGGAGUAAUUGUGAGAGCUUUCAUGGAGAUUUGGCAACAAAUGUUUGUUUGGAAUCCUAAGUCAAGUAGAAAUAUUCAAACAAAUGUUCAAAGUAUGGAAGUAGAAAAGUAG